AUGACCAGACGAAAAGAUGGCAAAGAAAAUGAAGAUGCCCAUAUCGUGACCAACGACGACGACCUUUUGGACGCGAGUUUUACGGAACGCAACGUCUCGAGCGAUAACGACGAGAACUUGACCAUCUUUAUCAACUGGGGCAAAAACUCCAUGCAUACAAAGCAAACCAUGGCUGCAAACGCUUUGAACGUUUUCAAAAAUGUGUCACCUUUCGAUAAAAAGUUUCCAGUGUUGUCGAGAAUUACGAGUCAGAGGGAUUCUUUCGAUGAACACCUUCGCAGUUUAGAUCAUACUGUAGGAAGAACACGUGUACCGUGGCACUCAAAGAGUAUCUCGGAUCUUCGAGAUCCAGAAACUCGACCUGUUCGGAUUGUUGCAUUUGAUGUUGGUGGCAAACUCUUUCGUUGCAAAGAGAGCUUGAUCGCUAAAUACCCACACAAGAGACUUAACCAGAUCAUCAUGUGUGGGUGUGGCAAGAUCGGUUGUUUGGAUGACGCCUUUUUUAUUGACCGUAAUCCACAGCACUUUGAGAUGAUUCUGGACUGGUAUCGAACAGGAAAACUUGUGCGGCAACGAAACGUCAAUGAAGAAGCGUUUAAGGACGACGCUAUUUACUUUGAUCUGCUUGAAGAGUUAUUUUCAUCAACCCAAGCUGGAGACCCGUGGCCGACUUCUAAGGUCCCAACGGGAUUAACUACUCGUAGACGGUCAGUCAACGAUGUCGACGCGGGUCAAAGUAGCACGAAACGCGUCAGUAUGUUUGCCAAUAUUUCCUCUCCACCUGCUUGCCUUCACUUACACAAGAAAACCACAGAAGCCGUUACUCAGACCGAGACAGAAAGUCCUCAAGAUGUAGAGCUUCCGACGACUACUGAUGACAGGCCGUUGCACUUUUUCCGACGUGAGAGACGUGUCUUGACUCCUACCAGCAUUCCUUUGGUAUUCAUGAUUCGCAAAUUCGAGCAAUUGCUAGUUGAAAGUGUUGCGGGCCGAGGAAAGCUCAUGGUUUGCGAGUGCGACGCAACAGGAAUGCAGACAAUCGACGUCCCUGAAGCUGUACUAUUCGACAGUGACUCGCACUUUUAUCGGAAGGAUGCGCACGCACAGCUGCAGCAUAAUGCACUGCUACCAGGAGAUCACGUGUACACGUUUUGGAUGGAAGAGAACGCAACCGAUGCAAGUUUUCAAACAUCAGCGCCUCCUGCACUGGAUAUCGCAUUCAAACUCCUUUUUACGUUUGACUCCGUUGACCGGCUUACUACCACAAUGGAGGUCGAACUAAUGCGCACAGCGUCCGAGUGCAGCGAAAGUGAUCCACACAGCGAAAAUUCGCUCCGCUCGUUCUCGUUUAUGCCGCGAUCACUAGUGAAGCGCGAUUUGGAAGUCACUUUGCCUCCGGACGCAUGCAGUAAGCGUACUAUUCCGCUAAAGCUAAACAAACAACUGCCAUCGUUGUCAAAGACGGAGGGAAAAGUAGUCAAGCGUGGAAACCAACGUGAAGGAGCAGCGAUCAUGCAUGGUGCUCGGAUUCCGCAUCCUUGA